AUUAAAUAAAACAAAAUGAGGCCCACCUCAGAAAUAUUAAAAGAAAUGAGGGAAAAGUAUUUCCCGGAGUCCGUCAAGCCAGUCAGUACAAAGAAAAAGAGGGAAACCUUACUGACGGAGUACACAGAGUAUCGUGAUCGCCUUCUCGAUCUGCUGACAGCCGCUGGCGUGCCAUACUCCAAAGAGGAAGAUGAUGACACCUACGAGGACUACUUGCUGUCGGACACUGAAGAAGCGCCAAAGAAAAAGAGCAAAAAACAAAAGGCAACAGGUGAGGCUGAUGAGGAUCUGGAGGAGCGGCUGGCAUCAAUGAAGAACAAAUUGCGCCAGAAAAAGGGGCCCACCACAGAACGCCAGCAGAAGCGACGCGAGGCCAAGAAGAUGAAGCGCAGCAAGGGUGUCCAGAAGCUGAUACUCUCCUCGGCCAAGAACCUGAAGAACGAAAACGUCAAGCAGAAAAAGUUGACCAAUGGAGUGGUCAAGCACGAGGAAGACGGCGACACGAAGGAUUCUAAGGCACUCAUUAAACCCGUGAAACAGCAACCGGUCUACAACCAAGAUGGAAAAAUUGUCUACUCCAAGGUGGACUUCGCCGCCACGCCCGGCGGAAAGCAGAAAAAGUCGCAUCAGAAUCCCAAGGAAAUCCUAAAGAAGCUGAAGGACACCAAGAAACAGAUCAACGAACUGAAGGAGCAGGGCGAGACGGAGAAGGCGGCGGAAAUGCAGACGGAUAUUGCGUGGAAGAAGGCGUUCGAUAAGGUUGCCGGUAAAAAGGUGAAGGAUGACCCCAAGCUCCUGCUGAAGUCCAUCAAGAAGCGCAAGGUUGAGAAGAAGAAGGCCAAGACAAAGUGGUCGGAGCGCAAGCAGAAGGUGGACUACGACAAGGACAAGCGACAGAAGAAGCGGCAGGAUAAUCUGGAGAAGCGCAGCAAGGACAAGAAGAACAGGAAGCUAAAGAAGGCCAGCAAGAAGGGUCGCAUCAUAGCCGGUUACUAAUAGAAACAUAGACCAACCAACUCCACUGUAUCGCUAUAGACUAAGUUUAAAACUCCCAUUGAAAAUCUACUCAAAUGGAAAUAGAAAUGUCUUACAAAACUGACA